AAAAACCAAUCCACAGCCCCACACGUAACUCGCACACGAAUACUAACUCUCCACCGAAGUACAGUACAAUACAAUACAGCCACCCACUCCUCCUCCUCCUUCUUCUUCUUCUUAAAUUCAAUUUUCUCAACCCCCAAACACAAUCCCCACACACACUUGUCUCUCUGUUUCUGUUCCAUAUUUCUGCCAUUUUCUCUUCUUCUUCUUCUUCUUCUUCCUUUUUGGUUCUUUGCUUGAGCUCACACCAUUCUCUUCGGACUUCCCAAAGCAUGAAGCACAACAUAAGGAGGAGCGGCAGCUUCAGACGCCUCUUCUCUCUCAAACGACGUAGUUCUGGACACCAAUCUGAUUCCUCCCAGAGCUCACAACCCGCUUCUCCCCACCAUUCCCACACACCCUUUUGGAAAUGCUUCUCUUUUCAUGAACUUUUCGACGCCACCGAUGGGUUCAGCUCAGACAACUUGGUCGGAAAAGGAGGGUAUGCAGAAGUUUACAGAGGCAUUAUGAGCGACGGCGAAGAAAUUGCUGUGAAAAGGCUCACCAAAACCUCCACAGACGAGAGGAAAGAGAAGGAAUUUCUUACAGAGAUUGGGACAAUCGGCCAUGUCCGACACCCUAAUGUUCUGUCUCUCUUAGGCUGCUGUAUCGACAAUGGCCUUUACCUCGUUUUCCACUUCUCCUCUAGAGGCUCUGUCGCUGCUCUCCUCCAUGAUGAUGAUUUGGGCCCAAUUGAUUGGAAAACGAGGUCCAAAAUAGCUAUUGGGACGGCCAGAGGACUCCAUUACUUGCACAAGGAUUGCCAGAGGAGGAUUAUUCAUAGAGAUAUCAAGUCUUCAAACAUUCUCUUGACGGCAGAUUUUGAACCUCUGAUUUCAGAUUUUGGGUUGGCUAAAUGGCUCCCUAACCAGUGGUCUCACCACUCAAUUGCCCCAAUUGAAGGGACUUUUGGGCACUUGGCCCCAGAAUACUAUAUGCAUGGAAUUGUAGAUGAGAAGACAGAUGUUUUUGCUUUUGGAGUAUUUCUUUUAGAAGUAAUCUCUGGAAGAAAGCCUGUUGAUGGGUCUCACCAAAGCCUACACAGCUGGGCCAAACCGAUAUUGAACCGGGGAGAGUUCGAAAAGCUGGUAGAUCCACGACUCGGAGGGGCCUACGACCUUGUGCAGCUGAAAAGAUUUUGCCUUGCAGCUUCUCUAUGCAUCCGAGAGUCUUCGUUGUGGCGACCUACCAUGACCGAGGUACUUGACAUUAUGGAGGACCGGGACAUCGAUACCGAGAGAUGGACAAUGCCAGAGGAGGAAGCAGAAGAGAAGGAUGAUUUCUGGGGUUUUGAGGACUUGGAAUAUGAAUGGGACAGUUCCUUCUCCAUCAGCCCCCAUAACUCAAUGUAGGCCAAGCUUGAAGUUUGAUUGAACAAUGUCCAAACCACACAAUAGAGAGACAGUAAAUUGUGUACAUAUGAAGGUAGAUUGAAGUGCUAAUAAUGCAAAUUUUUAGUGAAAAAAGAGUUUUUUGAGCA